AUUGUUGAGAAAAUAUUUGUUACAAUUAUACACUAUUGAAGCAACCUUAAACACAUACAUAAAACAAAUUAUACAAAAGACGAUCAGAAAUCAAAUAUAAAAUAUAAAUAUAAAUAUAAAUAUAGAUAUAAAUAUAAAUAUAAAUAUAAAAUGUAUAAAGUGGCUACAGUAUUAAUAAAAAGUUAAAAAAUAAUAAGAGUACACAACAUCCAGGAAAAAUUCGAAUCCAUUAAGAUGCCACAUUCGAUCUACGACGAAGUGAAAGUAUUUGAAGAUACGGACGAAAAUACAGACAUAAUUAAAAGUUUUAUUAAAAUAGAGCAUGAAUCAACGGAAGAACCGUUCUGUGUUCUUGAUGUUGCUGACGUGUUGCAGAAACAUCAAAAUUGGAUCGCGAAAAUGCCAAGAAUUGUUCCAUAUUAUGCCGUUAAGUGCAACGCAGAUCCGUUUCUCCUGAAGAUUUUGGCAGUUAUGAAUGUCAAUUUCGAUUGUGCUUCCCAAGAAGAAAUACGGAUGGUAAUGAAUCUAGGAGUGUCUCCAAACAGGAUAAUCUUUGCGAACCCGGCUAAGUGGACCACCCAUAUUAGAUUUGCCAAAAUGAUGAAUGUAAAAAAAAUGACCGUCGACAGCGAAAUGGAAAUCCUUAAGAUAAAGGACAUUUUUCCGGAAGCGAAAGUAAUUAUUCGUAUUCGAUGUGACGCCAAAAAUGUUCUGGUAUCACUUGGAACAAAGUUCGGUUGCGAUCCGGACGAAGAAGCAGUUCGAUUGAUACAUUUGACAAAAAGCCUUGGUUUAAAAUUAUGGGGUUUUAGUUUCCAUGUCGGCAGUCUAUGUUCUGAAUCAGACGCUUACGUUAGAGGAAUCAGAACGUGCAAGACACUAAUCUCGAUUGCUAAAGAAAUUGGAUGUAAAGAUGUUCAAUUGAUCGAUAUCGGCGGUGGAUUUCCUGGUAACAAAGGAUACUCUAUCGACGAGGUUGCAAGAUGUAUUAACAACGAGAUCGAGGACAUCGACCCGAGUAUCUCGAUCAUCAGCGAGCCGGGACAAUAUUAUGCAACAUCGGCGUAUACUUUGGCGUCACUCGUGCACACAAAGAAGGUUGUUCGUCAGGCGAAUGGAAUGGUUAGAAUGUAUUAUAUGAAUUGUGGAGUGUACAACGGUUUUAUAGAGGAAAUGUUGAACUUACAAGAGAGACUGCCGAUACCGGUGUAUAAGCCAGCGAGUGAUGCGAAAUUCCUUUCAUACGUUUGGGGUCCGACCUUAGACUCUAUGGAUUGUAUCUUGAAAAAUGUAAUGUUGCCAGAAUUUCAUCAAGGUGAUUGGCUAGCCUGGACGGAUAUUGGAUCCUAUAGCAUAUGUCUCAGUACUCCAUUCAAUGGUUUUGCACCGCCCAAAGUACAUCCGUUUGCUAGAAAAAGCCAAUGGAAAAAAUUUAUUGAUUACACAAAGAAUAUGCAAAAAUCGCAGGAAUAACGGUGUGGAGAAUAGAGUAAUAAGGAUCAGUCAAUAACGAUAUAGCUAGAUAUUAUGUCGAACUUAAAUUUACUUAUAAAAUUGUUUAUUUAAUUACAAUACUUAUAUGACGUAUUUAUUUUGUUAUAAAUAUCAUAAUAUAUUACAUUCUUCAAUUUUAAAUGUAUGAGAAAUAAAAGUAUUUUGUUGGAAGCAUAACGUA